UGUCAGGAAGGGUAGGGCAUCCUGAGCUAUAUUUAGUUUAUAUCAUGAUCUCAUCGCUGCGUCGUGAUUUUUGAUCGCCAGCAUAAAAGAGAGACCGUCGCGAUACGAUUGUCAGAGAAACAUUCGCCAAUCGACAGUCAGUUUUGAAUCGCCAAAUACACAGGACGUCCCCGCACACAGGCAGCUCACAGAAGGCGACGAGUCUAUACGGCACAUCAAAAAGUUGGCCGAGAACAUUCCCGAAGAAGCAACAAGCACUCUCGGCAGCAAAGAAAGCAUAAAAGAGAGACCGUCGUGAUACGAUUAUCAGUCAAGCGACAGUCAGUUUUGAACCGCCAAGUACACAGGACGUCCCCGCACACAGGCAACUCACAGGAGGCGACGAGUCUAUUCGGCACAUCAAAAAGUUGGCCGAAAACAUUCCCGAAGAAGCAACAAGCACUCUCGGCAGCAAAGAAAGGUGACGUAGUUCAGGAUGGCGAUAUUGAAGCGAAGCUGCUCCUGUUGUGGCUGUGACGUCAAGGCCGGCUCCAUCGUGGUCGCAGUCAUCUGGAUUAUUUUAUCCCUGAUUGGACUAGGCUAUAACGCAACGUCCUCGACGCCGGCCGGCAAAGCCCUCCUUGCCGUCUAUGUCGUGAGCCUCGGCACCCAUAUUCUGCUCAUCAUUGCAGUAGUCAAGGCAAUACGUCCGCUGCUUUUGACCUGGGUGAUCAUCACCAUCAUCUGCACUGUGGCGGCCCUGGCCAUCUACAUCUAUGUGACAGAUGUAGACGUUAAAAUCAUCAAUCGCUUGGUUGCCAAUGGCCCGGAGCAGUAUAUCGGAGGAGUCUUCCUGUUCAAUGCAUUGAAAACGGGCCUUACUCUCAUCUGGAUCUAUUGGGGAGCACUCCUAUGUAUGACGGUGUAUGGCUGCCUUGUGGUGUUUUCGCACUACCAGAACCUCCGUGACGAAGCACGUGGACAGGGACAACCUCAAAUGGUACCGAUGGGCAACCAACCCUACGUGGCGGGCAACCAAACCUACAUAGCGGGUAACUAACCCUACAUAGCGGGUACCCAACCCUACAUAGUGGGUAACCAACCCCACAUAGCGGGUACCCAACCCUACAUAGCGGGCAACCAAACCUACAUGACAGGCAACCAAACCUACAUAGCGGGCAACCAAACCCUACAUGGCGGGCAACCAACCCUACAGGGCGGGCAACAAACCCAACAUGGCGGCCAACCAACCCAACAUGGCGGUCAACCAACCCAACAUGGCGGACAACCAACCCAACAUGGCGGACAACCAACCCAACAUGGCGGACAACCAACCCAACAUGGCGGCCA